AUGUCACGGAUCAAUAUCCCCUUCGACGUUAUCGCGUCCAGAUUUAAUCUGUCCGACAGAUUUUCUGGUGUGCGAGCGCAAUCUCUAUCCACCAGAUUUGCCAACCUUAAGCCUGUAAAUGAGUUCUUCGACUUCAAGCGCCUCUCCAAGCCGGCAAACUUUGGUGAAGUUCAAUCCAGAGUUAACUACAACCUUGGGCACUUCGCCAGCAACUACUUUGCAUUAUUUGUUAUGCUUAGUAUCUACAGUUUGCUCACCAAUCUUCUACUCUUAUUCGACAUCAUCCUCGCCGUUGGGGGUAUGUGGGCGAUUGGAAAACUCGAGGGUCAAGACUUAAACAUUGCUGGCUUCCAGGCUACAUCCUCGCAACUUUACACUGGUCUCUUAAUCGUCGCAGUUCCUCUCGGAAUCAUUGCGUCACCAUUCACAACUCUCCUCUGGCUCAUUGGAGCAAGUGGAUCGCGUGUUGAGGAGCUUGAUAGUGAGGGUGAUACAGAAGGAGUGGGGUUAAGUUUGGGCGAGAAACGAUUUGCAAGCGAUCCACUGCAUUUUACGGGUAUAGAUAUUUCAAACACGAGGCCUAGAAGGGGUUAUUCUUAUGAUGAGGCCGAGCGAUCUUCCGAGUCCGAUUCCGACUCUGAAGAUUCUGAUUACCAAGAGGGUAAUGACAGACAAUUGGCUUUACGAGGGGACAAAGAGGAAGCAGUAGUACAAGCUGCUUUGGCUCGUAUUCGACGUGCGCAAGAAAAAGGAAGACAAGAUGUGAAACUCACUCAAGAAGAACUUGAUGCCUUGGAACGCCGACGGAUUCGUAUGCAAGCUGCUGCUGCCGCGAAAGCCGCCCGGAAAGAAAAAGGAUCUAGUGGAAGUGGAGCGGAAAAGAAACGACGCAGCGAUCGAAAAACUGUUGAUAUUGCUUCUCUUUUGGACCCGAAACCAACCAGUGAACCAAGGAAAAGGCAAUCGACAAGAAAAUCUGGCAGUUCCUCGCACCAUAGUCCCUCUGCAGGACCUGGAAUCAUUGUUGAUGGACCACAGGGACCUUCGUAUACUCCAAUUGGUGGUUACCGUCCUUUGGAUAGGGACACAUCUCGUUCUCGUUCAUCACCACGGCGUGGUGGCAAUUCAACCCCAGGUAUGAGUCGACAUUUCUCUGACGGCACACGGCCUACUUCCCCUCAUACCAACAGUCAUCGUCGUUCUUUGCCAGAAGAGGAAAGCUGGAAUCCUACCAACAACAAACGGACAUCUCUUUCUUCUCAAUACAAUGUCGCUGAUCUCUUUGAUUACCAGGUUACCGCUGAUCAGCCUCUGUCCGUUUCGCAACAGUACACACAAUCAUCCUCGAGUCGUCGUAAUUAUCCAGGUCCUGCUGAUGUCUCCUAUACUUCCGUUACACGUAGCUCACCACAAGGCUAUCCUACCGCCGAUAGGAUCCCUUCUGAUUCUUCUCUCAGACAUCGUACUUCUCCUAGGGGAGGAAACGAGGUGAUAACAAUUCCAGAUAGCAGCGAGGGAUCUGAUUCAAGCGAUGAGCUAGGAAGGGGAGUACCAGUUUUACGAGAGGGACGAGAGCCUGAACGAGAGCGAGUGAUUGCAAGGAGACCUGUUAGUGGUAGUGGGAGUAGUAGGAGAAAAGGCAAGGGAAGAUAA